CCACCGCUAUUUUAUUGUUCCUCUUCUUUUGUGCUCUACAAUCUACCAAGCAUUUCUCUCUUCCAAACUACUGAACCAAAUAUGGCUGCUGAUCUGAUCCUCGGUUCUGUUUUGGAUGUCACCUUAUCCAAGGUGAUUUCAGUUGUUAACGAGCAGCUCAACUUAGCUGUCGGAUUCGAGGAGGAGCUGAGGAGGUUUGAUGGCAAGCUGAAAAUGAUCCAGGGUGUGUUGCAGGAUGCAGAGCAGAAGGGAAUGGUAGGCGACCCUGUUCUGAAGUCUUGGCUUGAAGGGCUUCGGAGUCAAGCGGAAGAGGCUGACGAUAUGAUGGAUGAAAUUGCAUAUGAAAAUCUGCGGUGCAAGGUAGCUCAAAUGUCGGAAAAGGUCAGCUACUUCUCUACUCUUUUCAAUCCUUUAGCUUUUCGCCUUAAGAUGGCGAAUAGGAUUAAGAGUUUCAAUUUAGAACUAGAUGACCUUCAUAAGAUAGCCACUGGGUUAGGGCUGCAACAAAUACUUGCAAUCAAGCAUCCUGAACAUAUAGAAACCCAACAAACAGAUUCCUCAAUUGGUGAUCCAUCAAAAAUUGUAGGAAGAGAAAAUAAGGUCCUAGAAGUCGUUGAAUCAUUGAUUGACUCAAGCAAUGAUCAACCUCUCCUUGUUGUAUCCAUAGUGGGUAUGGGAGGCAUAGGCAAAACUACUAUGGCCAAACUAGUGUAUAACAAUGGGCAAAUACAGCGUCAUUUUUUCAAAAGAAUGUGGAUUUGUGUUUCUGAAAAUUUUAAUUUGAAGCAAAUUUUAGUAGCAAUGUUGCAAGCUUUUGAUGAAAAUGGUUCUCUGUAUACCCAAGAUAUUGUAGUUCAGAAACUACAGGAAAAAUUGAGGGAGAACAAUUAUCUUCUCAUAUUAGAUGAUGUAUGGAAUGAAGAUUGGCAAAAAUGGGAAUCCUUAAGGAGCUGUUUGUUGGGAAUAGGUAAAACAUUUGAAAGUAGGGUUCUUAUCACAACUCGAAGUGAAAAUGUAGCUUCCACAGUGGGAACACUUUCGAAGCACAUGCAUCAUCUCGAGAUGCUAACAGAUGAGGAUUGUUGGUAUAUAAUCAAGCAGAGAGCAUUUGUCAGCUCAUCAUUCUCUUCAGAAUUGGAGGGGAUUGGAAGGGAUAUCGCUAGCAAAUGUAGAGGUAUAGCGUUGGUUGCAAAUGUUAUUGGGGGGAUUUUGUGCAAUAAUAUGAAGAAGGAUUACUGGUUGUCAAUUAAAGAUAAUAAUGUAUGGUGUUCAAUGGAAGAAGCUGGGGGAGUUCUAGGAGUGUUGCAGUUGAGUCUCAAUCGCUUGCCAAUACCUGCUUUGAAACAAUGUUUUGCUUUCUGUUCUAUUUUUCCUAAAGAUUUUGUCAUUGAAAAGGAGAUGUUAAUCCAGCUCUGGAUGGCUGAAGGAUUUCUUCAACCAUUUAGUGAAACACACUUGGAGAUGGAGGAUAUUGGUGAUAAGUAUUUCAAUGCAUUGUCAUCAUAUUCUUUAUUUCAAGAUGUUGAAAGAGAUUCUUAUGGGAGCAUUAUUACUUGCAAAAUGCAUGAUUUAAUUCAUGAUCUUGCACAAUCUGUUUCAAAGUCCCAAACUUUGAUUUUGGAAGAUGGUAGCGGAAGAAAUAUUCCUGCAAACAUUCAACAUUUGAAUGUCAUUUCUAUUAAGGGUAUGGCAACAACAAAAUUAGGGGAUGUCCCUAAAAAAUUGCACACUUUGUUUUCACAAAUUGAUGUCUUGCACAGUAUGUCAACGAACUUGAAGAAGGUGCGGGUUCUUAGUUUCUGUGGAGCUGAUAUAGAUGAGUUGCCAGCUUUUUUGGGGGAAAUGAAGCACUUAAGGUUCUUGGAUGUUUCAGAUACUAAAAUUAAAGAACUUCCCAAGUUCAUCACCAAGCUCUAUCAUUUGCAGACAUUUAGAUUUAUGAAUUGUGAGAAAAUCGAUAGGCCUUUGGAAGGAAUAUGGGAUUUAGUCAAUUUGAGAUACAUUUAUUUCAAUCGGGAGGAGCUUAUGCCAGCAGGGAUUGGUAGAUUAACUUGUCUGAAAACAUUGCAAUUAUUUGUUGUGGGCGAACAGAAGGGACAUCAAAUUGAAGAAUUGGGAUGUUUAAGUCAACUCAGGGGAAAAUUAAAGAUUUGUAAUUUGUGUUUGAUUAGAGACAAGGAAGAAGCCAUGGGAGCAAGACUUUCUGAAAAGGAUACAAUUCAGGAGUUGCAGUUAGUGUUUGGUGCGGGUUCUGAUGGUAGUGAAGAUGGAUGCAAACAUUGUGAAGAUAUCUUGGAAGGCCUUCAACCUCAUGCUAAUUUGAAAGGCCUAAUUGUUGAACACUAUCAUGGUAAAAGUUGUCCUGCAUGGAUGUUAGAAAUAAAAAAUUCGAUGUCAGAAAGAGUGAAUUUUCUCAAUAAUCUGAUGGUAAUGACCUUUUCUAAAUGUCCCUGGUUGGAAAGCAUUCCAUCACUUUCACUCAGCAAUGAGGCAAAGGUGGAAAUUAAAAACUGCAAGAAUUUAAAAAGCAUUGCAGUUUUGUCCCUUCAAAAACUCAUCAUUGAGGAAUGUGGAGAACUGGUUGAGGUAGCGGUUGGAACAGCUGCCAUGGAAUCUAUCAAAGAAGUACAUAUAAACAGUUGUGGUAACUUGGAAAAUCUUCCGAUGAUUAGUAAAUUACAAUCCCUCAAGAUACUUCAUAUUCGGCGGUGCAGGGAAUUGAAGAUAAUUGGGGACGAUGCUCCAUUUGCCUCCACGUGUCUACAAGAGUUGAGUAUUGUGAGCUGUGGAAGGCUGAUGUCCAUGCCCAGGGUGGAUGGGCUUUCCUCUCUUCAAAAAAUUGAGAUGAACAUAUGUGGGCCAUUGAAAAGCAUAGGGGAGAGUUUAUCUAUUGCCACGUGUCUCAAAGAGUUGACUAUAGUCCAUUGUAAUGAGCUGGCAUCCCUUCCGAGCCUCUACGGGCUUUCCUUUCUUCAAGAAAUUGAUAUACGCAGCUGUGGGCAAUUGAAAAGCAUAGGAGAGGAUUUAUCUACUGCCACAGGUCUUAAAGAGUUGACUAUAAGGGUUUGCGAUGGUUUGAUGUCCUUUCCGAACCUCCAUAGGUUGUCCUCUCUUCAAAAAAUUGAUAUACGCAGCUGUGGGCAAUUGAAAAGCAUAGGAGAGGAUUUAUCUACUGUCACAUGUCUCAAAGAGUUGACUAUAUGGGAGUGCAAUGGUUUGAUGUCCUUUCCGAACCUCCAUGGGGUGUCCUCUCUUCAAAAAAUUGAUAUACUCAAUUGUAGGCAAUUGAAAAGCAUAGGAGAGGAUUUAUCUACUGCCACGUGUCUCAAAGAGUUGACUAUACGGGGGUGUGAUGGUUUGAUGUCCUUUCCGAACCUCCAUGGCCUGUCCUCUCUUCAAAAAAUUGAUAUAUGCCGUUGUGGACAAUUGAAAAGCAUAGGAGAGGAUUUAUCUACUGCCACGUGUCUCAAAGAGUUGACUAUAAUGGGGUGCGAUGGUUUGAUGUCCUUUCCGAACCUCCAUGGGCUGUCCUCUCUUCAAAAAAUUGAUAUACGUAACUGUGGGCAAUUGAAAAGCAUAGGAGAGGAUUUAUCUACUGCCACAUGUCUCAAAGAGUUGACUAUAUGUUCGUGCAAUGGUUUGAUGUCCUUUCCGAACCUCCAUGGGCUUUCAUCUCUUCAGACUUUAUCAAUAAAGGGUUGUGGUAGAUUAAGAAGUUUGCCAAGUGGGUUACCAUCAUGCAUUGCUCUUGAGAGUUUGGAUAUCUCUUACUGUGAUAAGCUAAUCUCUAUUCCAGAUGAUUUGAGGAGGAGCUGGAGCUGGAGCAUCGCUAACCCUGCCUGCCUUGCUCGCUUGAAGCGGCUAACUAUUGGUGGUUUCUCAACAGAGCUCAAGGAAUUUUCAGAUCUGGGCUUCAUCGAAUCUCAUCUUGAAGAAUUGACUUUGAUUGCAUGGGGAGAACAAAGAGAACGUCUGCUGGAUCAAAUUCAACACCAAACUGCCCUUAAGUCUCUCAAAAUAAGGGAUUUUGAUGGACUGGAAUCUUUGCCAAAUUGGUUUGGAAGCUUAUCCUCUCUUCAAACUCUAGAGAUUUCCAACUGCAAAUCUCUGAAACAUAUGAAAGCCAUCGGAUGCCUCUCCAAAUUAGAAAGCCUUUAUAUUGAAAGAUGUCCUGAGUUAAAGGAAAGAUGCACCAGAGGAAGUGGUUCCGAGUGGAACUACAUCUCUCACAUUCAAAAAGUCAAAAUAGACAGGUGGUCGAUACAACCCAGAAGAACUCCCAUUAAGACUCGUAGGUUGCUGCACAAGGAUGAUGAUAAUGAGCAGCAAGGUGAUGAUAGUGAGCAGCAAGGUGAUGAUAGUGAGCAGCAAGGUGAUGAUAGUGAGCAGCAGGUUGAUGAUAGUGAGCAGCAGGGUGAUGAUAGUGAGCAGCAGGGUGGUGAUAGUGAGCAGCAAGGUGAUGAUAGUGAGCAGCAAGGUGAUGAUAGUGAGCGGCAGGGUGAUGAUAGUGAGCAAUUACCAGUGCAGGUUAAAUGGUGGAGACGCUUCAUUUGUUGCAGAAACUAAUAAAAUAGAAAGUUAAAAAAGAUUCGAAAAUUAAAGGCUGGCAUCAUGGCUUGAUAGCCCAACCUAGAUCACAGACUUCAAUGUUGAUUGUGAGGUUGGAUUUUAUUUGCCAAAGUAAAACCAAUUAUGCAAUUGGUGUAGAGUAGCAUCAAAGUUUUACCACUGAACUCAUUAGUCUUAUUCUAGUAGUGCAUCACUUCUUCCUUGGUUUAAGUACCAUUUUGAUCCCUCAACUUUUCACUUUGGUACCAAAAUUGUCCCUCAACUUUAAAAAGUACCAAAAUUAUCCUCAGACUUUCAUUUUUAGUACCAAAAUGAUCCUUCCGUCAGUUAAAUGACAGGUGGCACGUUAAAAUGCCAGCAAAUCAAUUCUUUUUUUACUUGAUUAAUGACAUGGAAAAAAAAAAACACAGUUGACCAUCUUUUCUUACAAGGUGGCAUUUUUAUUUAAUUUAAAAAUUUUGUAAUCCUUUUUCUCCAUCCACGUCAUCUCUUUUUCCUCUUUCACUUUCUCUCUCCAUUACCUUUCCUUUUCCCUUACCUCUGUAAACCUAGAUCUGGGUUCUCUCUCAAACUUCAUCUUCUUCCUCCUUUCCACCUAUCUUUCUUUGCU